UCACCAUUUCACAACCAUUUUAACAAGAACUGUUUCAAGCUUUAUUUAUUUUCUGGAUACAAUUUCAAAUGUCCACAUAAAAUUUAAGAAUAGCAAAAAACUCUCACAUACUUUCAACCAAAUAAUAAAAUUUGUUAUAUUUUGUCACAUUUGCACCUUCUCUUGUAUGUAUAUGCACAUGUACAUACAUAUAUACAUAUAUAUUAUGUAUAUAAUAUAUAUUUGUCCAAAUGAGAAUCAUCAAUUAAUGCUAAAGCCAGUAGAUGAGAAUCUAGUGAAGAACAGAAUAUUUAGUCUCAAAAUAUAUUCCUCUAAAAUACUUAAUGUUACAAAGAGAAAAUGCAAACUUAUGGUGGAGAAUCUCAGCAGACAUAACUUUAACCAAUGAUCUAGAAUAAUAUCACCAAUGUUGGGACAACCCAGUGUCAUGUGCUUCUUGAUGUGAGACACUGAGGACAUAACCUUCUUUCAGUAAAAUUCCUGUUGAAAAGUGCAUAUUCUGAAUCUACUUGUGAGAAAAUAUCAGACAAAUCCAAUUUAGUGACAUUCUACAAAACAGCCCGCCAGUACUUUCCAAAAAUGUCAAGGUCAUGAAAGACAAAGGAAGGCUGAGUAGCUAACUGCCUUGCCAGGAUUAAACCAAAGUAAAAGAGACCUGACAAUGGAAUUCAAGUGAUCCCAGGAAAUAGCUAUAAAGGGCAUUCUUGCCACAAUUAGCAAAACUUAAAAUAUGAACAGGUGUAUUAAAUAAAAGAAGGUUCUGGUUAAAAUUCCUGGUUUUGAUCUUUGUACUGAGAUUGUAUGAUAAUGCCUUUGCUCUUAGGAAAUACAGAAAAACUAUAAAGGGAUAAAGGAAUAUAAUGUCAGAAACUCUUGGUUUUAAAGAAAAAGGAUGUAUUAUAUAGAGGAUGCAAAUAYGGCAGACUAAACAUUCCUCUGGUUGAAAAGUAUAUGAGAGUUCUUUACUAGUCUUACAAUUUAUGAAUACGUUUGAAAUUUUAUCAAAAAAUAAAAGAGCCUUUCAGUGAACACACUAUCAGAAGUGGCCUGUCCACAGCUCUGUCACGCUUAUUACUGGCCAGUAUUACAUUGUGAGUUUAAUACUUAAUUUUUAUUGUGUGCAAGACCUGUCCUGUUCUAGGUGCUUUAAGGGGAUAAGCACUUUGAAUCGUCCCGCUCUUAUAGAUGAAAAGUAAAGACAGGAGGUUGAUGAACUUGCCCCAAAUAACCCAAGUGGUUUGUCUCCUCCAGUGGUGAAGAACUUCCAUUAAGGCAGAGACUGUCUCUGACUUUUCUCUGAGAUUUAAAAUGGUACCUAGCACAUUCGGUAAAUAUCUGAAGAUUUCAACUAACAAAUACGGGGCACCUACUAGAUAAUGGGGGUACAAAGCAGUGAUCAAGAUAUUUAAAAACCUGUGCCUAAAUGGAGCUUCCACCCAGCGCUGUCGGCCCACACCCAAUUAACCACCACAUUUCAUUUGGUGGGAAGGCAGGCCCAUUUUAUUUUGCUGAGUAGGAAACUGAAGUUCAGGGUGGGGCAAUGAGAGAUCGCUGGGCUGGUAAGUAGGAGUGACAGUGAGCAUUCCAACCCAGUUGGUUCCCAGGCCCGAGCUGGGAAUCAAUCAAACUAACGAAUCCAAUCAUCCAAUCAGUAUAUAUUAGGCACCAACCGCGGGCGGUUAGUCCUCACGCAGUUCUCGAGAGGAGAGGCGGUUGCGGUGCGCAGGCGGCUGCGUAGUCCCGGAGGCCGCCGCGAAUCGCGGGAAUUUGGCGCGUAUUUUUUGUAGGUCGGGUGUUCUCGCCCGUGAUUGGGCCCCGGCUUAGCGUCCCCGGGUGCGCUGGGUGGCGACGGCUGCGUCGACCUUGCCGAGACCUGGGCGGCGCAGAACUCGGCUGGCCUCCCGGGGGAUGGGCCACCAGGAAUCUCCACUGACCCGGGCGGCAGCAGGAGGUGCAGCUUAUAUAAAGAGGUUAUGUAAAGGGCUCAGCUGGCGCGAACACGUGGAGAGGCACGGGAACCUGGAAGCCUGGGCCUCCCCCGCGAGCGCCCCUGCCACCACCGGCGCAUCAGUGAGAUCUGUCGUACGCCUCACUCGGGCCACCGCCUCCCGCGAAACUAGGUCCCGGAGGCAGCUCCGGCCCGGAACGGACCAUCCCCAGGCCAGGGCUCCAGGGGGAAAGCGGGCCGCCCGGAAGUGGAACGGUGCCGGCCAGGUCACAAUCCAAGGUCCCGCUCCUCCGCGUCCCGGGGCCGGACGGAGGGAUGAGGCAGGGGGGUCCCGGGCAGCACCGUUGCUGCUCCCCCCGCCGCCUGCAGCCAUGGAAACGGGGGAGGAGGACGGCGCCCGCAGAGGUACACAAAGCCUGGAGCGGAAAAGGCGAAGCCCAGUGCCGCGGGCGCCCAGCGCGAAGCUGAGGCCGGCGGCGGCGGCCCAGGCCAUGAAUCCGGUGGCGGCCGAGGUCCCGGGCGAGGCCUACCUGGCGAGGAGGCGGCCCGAGGGCGGCGGCGGAUCUGCGCGGCCGCGCUACAGCUUGUUGGCGGAGAUCGGGCGCGGCAGCUACGGCGUGGUUUACGAGGCAGUGGCCGGGCGCAGCGGGGCCCGGGUGGCGGUCAAGAAGAUCCGCUGCGAUGCCCCCGAGAACGUGGAGCUGGCGCUGGCCGAAUUCUGGGCCCUGACCAGCCUCAAGCGGCGCCACCAGAAUGUCGUGCAGUUUGAGGAGUGCGUCCUGCAGCGCAACGGGCUAGCCCAGCGCAUGAGUCACGGCAACAAGAGCUCGCAGCUCUACCUGCGCCUGGUGGAGACCUCGCUCAAAGGAGAGAGGAUCUUGGGCUGUGCCSAGGAGCCCUGCUAUCUCUGGUUUGUCAUGGAGUUCUGUGAAGGUGGAGACCUGAAUCAAUACGUUCUGUCUCGGAGGCCGGACCCAGCCACCAACAAAAGUUUCAUGCUACAGCUCACGAGCGCCAUUGCCUUCCUGCACAAAAACCACAUCGUACACAGGGACCUAAAACCAGACAACAUCCUCAUCACAGAGCGCUCUGGCACCCCCAUCCUCAAGGUGGCGGAYUUUGGACUGAGCAAGGUCUGUGCUGGGCUGGCACCUCGAGGCAAAGAGGGCAAUCAAGACAACAAAAAUGUGAAUGUGAAUAAAUACUGGCUGUCCUCAGCCUGUGGCUCAGACUUCUACAUGGCCCCUGAAGUCUGGGAGGGACACUACACGGCCAAGGCGGACAUCUUUGCCCUAGGCAUUAUCAUCUGGGCAAUGAUAGAAAGAAUCACUUUCAUUGACUCUGAGACCAAGAAGGAGCUCCUGGGGACCUACAUUAAACAGGGCACUGAGAUCGUCCCUGUCGGUGAGGCGCUGCUAGAAAACCCAAAGAUGGAGUUGCACAUCCCCCAGAAACGUAGGACUUCCAUGUCUGAGGGGAUCAAGCAGCUCUUGAAAGAUAUGUUAGCUGCUAACCCACAGGACCGGCCUGAUGCCUUUGAACUUGAAACCAGAAUGGACCAGGUCACAUGUGCUGCUUAAAAUUCAGGGCUGAACAUCUUGGGUGUUUUUAAACUAGGUUGAUCCUUUGGGACCCGUAGUCUCAUCGUGUCUCCGACAGGACGGCAGAGGGUACAGGUGAUGGCUUGGCUGGUUGGCGAUCUCCCGACAGCGACAUCUGGAUCUCCGGCAAUGUGAAGCUUUUGUUUGGGUUUCCCCCUCCUUUUAGUUUUCAUUUCCCCCAGCCCCCCUUUUUUAAUUUAAACCAUCAAGACUUUGGAAGAGCAGAGAGCUAUGCUGUGGACAGGCACCAUUUCUUUAAAGAAAUUCAGUGUGGACAAGGCAUAUGUAUAAAUUUCCCUGUUCGUUUUUAUAAGGGUUUAGGGAACGAUUUUGGUUUUGUCCUUCAUUUUACCUCUGUCUCUUUGUUUUACACAUCUCCCAGUUCUGCUCAUACAGCAUCUCACUUCUUGGAGAAGACCCUUCUCCCCGGAGAGCAUUUUGGGUUUCUCCUGGAAUGGGACAUGAAGACUCAAGGAGGCCGUGGGCCACCUCCCUACCAGAUGCAGAAACUGCUGGAUUCCUUGGUGGGCUGGUCCUGGCCCUUGGCCCUCGAUGGGACAGAGGCGAAGAACCACCUGGAAAAGGGCGACUAGGGCGUGGCCAGGAGGACUCCAGAAAGGAGGCCUAAACUCUGGGUUUGGUUCUCUUUAAGCUCUUGGGAGCCCCAGGCCACACCAGGACUCUCAGUGCUGAGAAUCUGUUCCCUCUUGUGUCCUUUACAACUGGGAGUCCCCAGGGAGGAGGUAACAUGUGACCAUCCCUGUUUGCUGCAGAUGACUGGCCACCUGACCCCAGCCCCACAAGCCCACCUCUCUGUUAGGAAACUGUUGUGCCAAACCUCUGCCCAGGACACACUGGGUCUUCCAUGGGCAUCUGUCACUGUUGAGGUCACCCCUCCCUGCUGCCUCCUGAUCGUCGUCUUCCCAGGUGUGCUGCAAGUUUCUAGGCCAUCACAGAGACUGCCGGAGGCCACCAGCUGGUCAUGACCAUGGCCAUGAUAACAGGGCACCCUGAACUGGCCACCACCUUCGUGCGGUGAAGGGUAUGCCCUGUGUGCCGGGGUCCACGGUGUCACACGAGGACACAUGUCAAGAGCCAUCUCCCUCUCCCCCAGGGACUUUGCUAGUGCCCGCCCUCAACACAAGUGCGUCUGAUGGGAAGAGAAUGGAGCUGCCCUGGGCAGGAAGGUGUCUGGCAGGACAGGGGAGACCCCGUGCCUGCCAGGUGCCGGUGUGGGGGCUUGUCACCUUAAAGCACCCCUGGCUGUGACCCCUCGACACUGCCAUCACUGUCUGGGUGGCCCUCUGCUCCUGGCAGUGUUCUUGCAGCCUCCCUCUUGGGCUGCGUCUCCAACCUGGCCCUUCUCCCUGGGCGGCCCUCUGUCUGGCCCUCACAUCCAUAGCAGCCAGAUGGGAUUGGGCCUCUGGGAAGAGGAAGGAGUCAUUCCUAUUUGUCGAGUGUUUUGUUUUGUUUUUGUACCUAAACCAACAGAGGAGUGAUGGGGAAGCACCUGGAGGGCGUUGUAGUUGGUGUGAGACCAAGGGGGACUUCCCCCAAAGCAGCAGUCCUCUGGCCCUGGGGGUGUGGGAGACCAGCACAGCACGGAGCCCCUCAGCACCAGGGUUCUUCCUCCCCUUGGCCGGUGGUUGGCUGCUGCCAGCAGGAUCCUGCAGGGCCCAUGGCGGUCACCUGUCUCCUCUCCCGACUUCUCAGGCAGCCUCCUGGGCACACUGCACUGCAGCUGGAGGGUCGGGCAUCAGGGUUCCUUAAUGAGUGCAUGUCCCUUCUCUGCCCCCCAGCCCGUCUUCCCUGGGGGUCAGCUCGGCCUACAUGAGCAAAUGGGAAAAGCAAGUCUCCUACCCGGCACCUGGCUGUGGUCAUUCUGAAACCCCCACGCGGGCUUGAGCCUGGGGUGCCUACUUUUUGCCUGCCAUUCUCUCCUGCUUCCCCCAGUCUCAGCUCUGUGUUCCUAGGGCCAUAGCGUGUCCUCUUGGUGUCAUAGUCUUCCCCUGUAGGCCUCAGGGAGGCAGCUCGGCAGGGGGAUCUGCUUCCUUACCUUUCCUCCGGGACUCCCAGCCAGCACCAGCUUGGUGGUAGGACUCCCUCAGCUCCAACUAGGGCCAGCUCUUUAUCCCCAAGUGCCUGUCCCUCCCGCCCCGCCUCCCUUCCCCUGCUGAUCCAUUUUGUCCACCACGGGUACACGGCCAGGUGGUGGGCAGCCUUGGGUCAGCCCCGGGGCCCAUGCAAUCUCUCAGGGCCACUCCCUGCCACCCGCUCAGGGAUUGGCCCCCUCUUCUAUCUCCCCUCUUCCUCCUCCUCCCCAGGCCUCUGCGGGGCCUCAUCUCAGCACCUCCAGGUUUGUUAGGCCUGUCCCAGUUCUAGGAGUUUCCACACCCAAGGCAGCACUCUGUCAUCCUCUUCUUGGGUCUGUGGAAAGGCUGGCUUGUUGGAGACAUCUUGGCCCUGGCCCUUGUGGGUCUGAGCUGGGAUUUUCCUUAGUGUGAGGCAGCCAGGACAGAUCACAGUGCCUUAAUCUCUUGCCUCCCCCUCCAGCCCAGUGAAAGUGUGGCUUCCCUCCCUGUCUGUCCAUCUGUCACUUGCACUCACAUUCCCUCCUACCCACAGACAGCCCCAGGGGAAGGAGACCCUCUGCACUCCCACGCCCCCUUCGUGAGGGCUGCAGCCAGGCACAGGUCUCCCCACCCACCUCCAGGCCACUCCCGAGCAGCUUUAGCCCAGGACAGAAAACCGCUGCAUACAGGUGCACCUUUGGCCUCCACCUCCCCAGUAGGUGUCCUGCCCCUUACCUCUAGCCAGGAGGACACGGCAGUCUGCUGCUUCCAGGCUGAUUCCACCUGACCCCUUUCUGGACACUGGGACUAAGGUUGCCAGCCUUAGCCUCAUCUCAUCCCAGGGGCAUUGGGACAGGUAAUGGGAACUCCUUCCUCCCACCCUGAUGGGCUCUGCCCGCAUGGCUGCCUUUCCAAGGGAGUGUAUCAAAUGUUUACCUAAGAAAUACCCUGUUUACAGCUGGAGGAGAAAUGUGCCCACAGUGGGUGGAGAUCUAACUCUCUGGAAAAGGCCUGGCCUCCUUUGUGGCACUGCCAGUGGUGGCCCCAGAGCGGAUGCAGGCAGAGAUGCCUAGGGUGGGGGGAAGGCCCCUCGCUGCCCCUGCUCCCCACCUGUGGUGCUAAGACCACUCCCUCUCCCCCAUGGCCUCGUCCCAAACAUUCCCGCCUCCCUGCUCCUUCCUCCAAGAGCCUCGGCUCCUUACAUAUCACUUGUCUCCUACCUAGAAAACCAGUGUUUGGAGCAAUAAGAUGAUUAUUUUUGCUUGAAUCUUUUUCUAAGAAAAGGAAAAGAGCUGCCAUUGUGGGAAUCUAGAUGCUGUUGGCUGUUUACCUCUUUAGAAGAUAAAAGGACGGUGUCUGGACUUUAGCCUUGGGGUAUCUUUGGACGCAUGGAAGAGCAGGAGUCUGGCUGCCAUCCCCAAAGGAGGGGACCCUAACUCUGCCCUUGCCUUGCCAUAAGGCCCCUUCCAGCCCUGCCCCUGUGCUCCCCUGCACCACCACCACCACACACAUCUGGAGGCACUGACGGGUCUACUCUGGAUGGGUCUCCCUCCCCUUGAUUAGUUGUCCCUCAGGCCUGUCUGGCACACAAGACAGCUGCUAGCAGGCAGCCUCAGAACAGCCAAGCUUCUAUCAGCUCUCCAGACAGGCAGGGUUUGGAGGCCGAAGCCCAGGAAACUGCCUCUUCCUCCCUCCCACACUGAGCUGGAGCACAGUGUGGACCUGCCCUGCCCCUGGCUCUGAGGCAGGGGGCUCCUGUCCUAGACAUGCUCUUGAAGGGAGACCAGCCCCAGUGCACCAUGGUACUGGCCACUGUUAGCAUCCACCACCGUCACCAAGAGACUAAUCCACUGCCAUUGGCUGCCCAGGGAACCCUAGGAUUGCAGAGGCUAUCAAAGGGAGCCCCUCACCCUAGACACUUUUCUAGGAGAGACCAUGGGAGGAAGGGAGCUUAUUURGGGAUGCUUUAAGUCAUCUUGUGCCCUAGCUUUAAAGAAGUCUUGUACCCCAGGGGCUUCUUCCCAUCAGUAGGGCAGGCAGGAUGUACAAUAAGUUCUUCAAAUUUGGGACAGUCUUGGGCAUGAGGGAGGUUUGAAGCCAGGCACAAAGUUAGUUUUAAAUACUAGUUAAUAAAUCUAUUUUUCUUUAUUUUCUUUUUUUGCACAGAAGCUGGUAAUCUAGGACCUACGUGUGAACAACUUUAUAUGAAUAUUUUUUGUACUUGGUUUACUUGGGUUGGUAUGAUACAUUAUAUUUAAGUUCCUUGAACACUGUGGAUCCCCCUAAUGUGUAUGAAUGACUGAGGCUUUGUAAAUUAAGGGACGUUUGUGUGAAUA